AUAUUAGAUUCUGACGUUGUGAUAGAUGAAAGAAGUUAAAAUGAAGACAAUGACUUAAGAAACAGAUGUCUUUUGUUGAUUUAUAAAGUGAUUAACAAUUAUUCAACAUAUAAUUUUCUUUGUCAGUUGAAAGUUGAUGUUUAAACACACAUCCAUGUGACAUAAUUUGCAAUGAUUCUACAAACUGUUUUAACAAACUUAAUGUUGAGACUUCACAAAAUGGGAAGAUAUGAAAAAAUCUCAUUAGCUUUGUUAUUUCCUGCUAAUGUGAUGUAUACAGUUGCAGCAUCAACUCACUUCUGGUUCGAGUUACCUGGUGUUGCCUGGUAUGGAUUGUUUUAUGCCAAAUUUUGUGAUCUUUUGGAUGAAUGUCAUUAUGUACCAGCCUUCUUUACCAAUGAACCAGGUUUUUAUCAUCUUCUGCAGCUUGUAUGUGUUUUUGCUUGGGCCUGUCUUGCUUUGUCAAUCUACAUGCUUAUAUCGGAUAGCAUGGACUCCAGAAUUCCAAGAAUACUCAGAAAAAAUAGAAAUAAUGCUAUUGCAUUUAUUUGUUUUGCCUCUGCCUUUGCCAUGUCUGGAGGACUUUAUUUAUUCUAUUAUAUCAUAAAUGACUUUCCCAGAGAGGUUGACAAAUAUCCAGAGAUGAAGUGGGCAUCAAUGUUUGCCAGUCUAGCAUGUGCAUUAGAAUUCUUGGCAGGAUUAUUUUUACUUCAUGCCUCCUGAUAAUUUGUAAAUGAUACUGAGAAUAAACUGUAUUGAUCCACAUACUUGUAUGUAACAACAAAACCAAACUGCUACAUAAAUAUAGUUUUUCAAAGUAAAAGUGCAAUUUCUCUUCUUGAAGAAAAGGGUCUGACUGAAUCUUUAAGUGUUUACCAUAUUGGUUAAAAAAGGUGUUUAUUUUGCAACCAGGUGUUAGGCAGGUGAACAGUUCUGCAACAUAUUUUGCAGUUUGUGAUAAAAUAUCAGAUGAUUAAAUGUUAUUAAACUCUUAAAAUCUACAGGAUAUAAGAUACCAUAUAAACUAAAGCUUUUAAGUUUACAUAGACUGCUUGUUACCAAUGUAAAGGUCUUGAAAGGCACAUUAUGCCUCAAAAAUCCAUAUUUUCAAUUGUUUAGAAAUGUCAAACCUGUGUUUAUAUUAAAGUUUUAAUAAUGAAUUUUAGAGUGUGUUAGAUGUUUAACUACAGAAGAAAGCAGUGCAGAAUGAGUGGUAAUGUGUUAUAAGGGUAUCAAAUUUUUUAACAAAAUAGUAUUUUGACUUCCAUACAAAAUACUAAUGCACUAUAACUAUACCAAUUGUCAAUAGAGCAAAGAACGCAAAAGAUAGUUCAUCUAUGUGGCAAAUGAAUAUUUUUGUUGAAACAACAAGUUACCAAAAAUAAACAGUUUUUAAGAGGUAAAGAUGAUAGCAUUUCUGAGCAGGGAUUUUUUUCCAGAAUUUUGGGAACACAACCCAUACCAAUGGAAUUGGGAAUAUCAGCGGUGUUUUGUUAAAAAUUGGGAAAAAAUGCAUGACUGAAAUUUUGCAGUGAUUAAAUUACUGUCUAUGAUGGCAUUUUCAAACAUCUAAGCACUAUUACAGUGAAGAAUUCCUUAUUUGCAAAUAUUUUAGAAUUCUUAUUCAAUAUUUUUAUUUUGUAACUUUCAAUUGGGAAUAUUUUUCUGUGGAUUGGGAAAAUAAUAUACUAUUUUCAAUUGGGAAUAUGACCCAAUAACGGCUAUAAAAUAAGCCAAAAAAAUCCCUGCUGGGGCAUAAUGGGCCUUUAAAUUGUCAUAUUGACUGUAUCCCAAUGUAAAGAGGGUAGAUUAUCGUGAUAUUUAUUUCAUUGAUUAUGUUACAUCAAGAUAUACUCAAUGUUGCCAUGUGUUACAAGUAAUAUUGCAUGUACAGUGUAAUUGUUGCACAAUCUGUAUUCUGAUCAAGUAAAUGUCUUUCAUCAUAUAAUCCUUAUGUAAUAGAAGUUUUAUGUAUUUAAUAACAUAUCCACGUUUUGUAAAGGGUUUAAAGCUAUUAUUGUUGAAUAAUAACACUAUGUACAUUUCAUAAACUACUAUAAAAUUGUUAAAAUAGCCUUUAUUAGCCUUUCAUUAUUUCCAAAAAAAGUUUUAAUAGCGAUUGUCUUUGUAAUUUAGUUUUAAGUUAAUUGGAUAUAAUAUUCCCUAGCAAACUAUUCAACUGCUAUUUUUAGGUAGAUUUUGCAAAGAAUGGCAGAUUUAAAUCUCUCCUUUUCUUUAAAAUAUAAUUAUUUCAAUUAUUUUAUUUUGGUGUAAUUUUUUUUCAAUAAAUUACAUUUAUUCUUGCCAAUAGACUUUUCCAUUUUUUAGCAGAGAAAAAUUUAGCCCCGCCUUUUUUUGUCAUUGCUAAGUCAAUAGUCAAAAACAGUACCACAAACAAAAUCAUGUGUUCUUUGUAAAAACAGGUCAAGCAGUGAGUUUGUAAUAUUCCAUUGUAGAAAUUGGAUUGCCAGUCAGCCAUUUUGAAUAGAACUUUUCCAGGGGCUCGCAUAAUUAAUUUUCUGUAUUGCCCAGGUUGUCCCACAGCCUGUAAGGACAAAUGGAAAUUUUCAAGAAUUUACUAUAUAAAUAUCAUACAGACAAGUUAAGAAAUGCUUAGGGUAAAAAAUGGGCAAGUAACUUAAAAUCAGGCUUUGCCGGCUCUGAAACUUUAAACAAUGGAAAGGUCUAAUUAAUGUCUGCCUAAAAUAGCUUUAUACCCUUUUAAUUUAACUUGUACAAAGACUCUUCGUUCCUAUGAAAUACAGAGACAUAUUGAUUAAAUGAACAAUGUAUAAUACACUGUAAUUUAUAGAAAUAGAUUAUAACAUGUAUAUGUAGUAAUUUUUGUGUCGCCUUGAAAAAGGCGACAUAUAGGGGUUACUUUUGUCGGCGUCCGUGUCGGCGUCCCCUUAAGCUUGUCCGGAGCAUAAGUCAGUCAUUAUAAGUGGGAUUGACUUCAAACUUGGUAUGCAUGCUUCUUAUAAUGAUCCGAAGUGCAGUGCACAAGAACUGGUACUCUGCACUUCUUAAUUUUUGAGUUAUUGCCCUUUGUUAAUUUUCAUAUUUUAUUUUUGUCUAGGCCAUUUCUUCUAAUGUUUAAAAGCUAUGGACUUGAAACUUCAUAGGAUGAUAGAUCUCAUUAAGAAGAAGUGCAGUGCACAAGAUCCGGUACUCUGCAUUUCUUAUUUUUUGGGUUAUUGCCUUUUGUUAAUUUUCCUACUUUAUUUUAGUCCGGGCCAUUUCUCCUAAAGUAAAAAAGCUAUGGACAUGAAACUUCAUAUGAUGAUAUAUCUCAUUAAGAAUAAGUGCAGUGUACAAGAACAGGUACUCUGCACUUCUUAUUUUUGAGUAUUUACCCUUUAUUAAUUUUCGUACUUUAUUUUUGUCUAGGCCAUUUCUCAUAAAUUAUAAAAACUAUGGACUUGAAACUUCAUAGGAUGAUAGAUCUUAUUGAUAAGAAGGGCAGUGCACAGAAACUGCUGCUCUGCAUUUCUUAUUUUUUGAGUUAUCGCCCUUUGUUAAUUUUCAUAAUUUAUUUUUGUCCUGGCCAUUUCUUCUAAACUACAUGUAUAUUGUUCACAAGGCGAUACAUCCGACUUGCGGAGUUUUAGUUGUUAUAUAAAUACCGGUAAUAAAG